AUGAAGGAAUUAAGAAGUCUAGUUAAAUCAAAUGUUUUUCGUAAGGGAGCCAUUUGGGCUGUCUUGGCUAUAGUCAUGUUAUAUACUUUGCAUUUUCAUGGUUCUAAUAUUGUGGUCUAUAAAGAUAAGCUUAUUGGUGAAGGUAGAAAAAGUGAAAUUCCAAGAACAAUCAAGAAAUCUUCAGCAUAUAAUCAUGAUGAUACUAUAGUAAUAUUCCCUCGUGAUUUCCUUCAACUUAGUGAAAGAUAUGGUGAUUUAUAUGAUUAUGAUUUUCAUCAUAAUAGUGAUAAAAGUCUUGAACAAUAUUAUUUUGAAAAAUUUAAUGUAACUAAUCGUACAAGUCCUGAUCAUUUAAAUAUUUUCCAAUAUUAUAAUGAAGAAGAUGCUCUUACUGAAAGUGAUUUCUUUAAAGAAAAUUAUAAAAAUCAUCAUUUAGAUAUUUAUAAUGCUAGUUUAUUACAAGGUGAAAAUCCAACUUGUAAAAAUGGUGAAGUUAAUCAAAUUAUUCAAAUUGGAGGUUAUAAAAAAUUAGAUGGUGAAAUUUUUAGAGUAGUUGAAGUUUUACAAAGACAUUUAAAGGAAGAUCCUCCAUUUCAAGAUUUAAAUGAAUAUAUUGUUGAAGAUAUUGAUCAAUUAAUUGAAAAUAAUAUAGUUGAAAAGCAUUUUUAUAAAUUUGCUGGUACAUCUGUUUGGUUAGAACAAUUUGGUGUUCAUUUUAUGGUAUCAAGAAUUGUUUAUAGUCAUAUUGCUGUUAAAGAUAAACCAAUUAUUAGUUUAAUUUAUGCACAAAUCUUUGAUGAAAAUUGGCGAGAAUUAAGAGAUGUUGAAUUAGUUAUGCCAGUUUCAAUUAAUGGUGAAGCAACAUUUAAAAAUCUUCGAUUCCCAUCAUUUUUACCAGUACCUUUCCAUAGAAGGACAAAGGAUGCUGCAUCAAAAUAUUAUGGAGCUGAAGAUCCAAGAAUGAUGCUUAUUACUAAUAGUCAUGGUUUUGAAGAACCUUUAAUUGUUUAUAAUUCAGUUCAUAGAAAAAUUGAUGCCGUUGAAGCAGGUGAAGAAACUCAUAAUGGUAAUAGACAAGAAAAUAAAUUUACUUUCGGACUUGAAAGAUCAAUGUUUUUGUGUCAUCCUUUCCAAUAUGAAUUUGGAAUGCCAACUUCUGUUGAUGCUUAUAUGCAUUCACCAUAUAAUAAAGCAUUAUUUAAUAAAGUAAUUGAAUUAGAUAGAAGUGGUAGACAUGGUCCACAAAAGAAUUGGACACCUUUUGUUAAUGUUAAUGAAAGAGUUCAUGGAGUUGAUACUCAUAUUUAUUUUAUUUAUAGAUGGGCUAAAAUUGAAGUUCUUAGAUGUGAAUUAAAUCCAGUUUCAUUUAAGGGGAAAUCAAUAUGUGAAGUAUAUUUUAAGAAAGAUAAAGAAUUAGAUCCAAAUUCUGGAGUUGGAGAUUUAAGAGGUGGAACUGAAUUAAUUCAUAUAAAUCAAUAUUUACCUCAACUUCGAAUUGAUGCUUGGGUUGGAUUGGCUCGUGCUCAUAUUUAUACAUGUGGAUGUGGGUUUACAUUUUAUAGACCAAACUUGGCAAUUAUAACUCGAGAUGAACAAGGUAUAUUUGAAAUUGCUUAUGUUUCAUCAUUUGUAUCAUUUAAUAUUCCAAUGAUUGGAUUUCUGGAACCAAAUAUUUUAUGUGAUUAUAGAUAUCCUAAUGUAUUAAUUCCUAAUGGGAUUUCCAGUUGGAUGACAUCUGGACAUCCAAUAGAUUCACCUGAACAUACAGAUUAUAUGACUAUAACUUUAUCAGCUGGAGAUUCAACUAAUCAUAUGAUUUCCAUUAAAAAUUUUAUGAAAGUGAUUUAUAAUUUAGUCAAUAAUGUUGGAGAAAAUGUAUCAGUCAAUGAUAAAGCUGUCGAAUGUGCUUUAGACGGUUCAAGAAGAUUCUGUAGUAAUUAUGGAUCUCAACUCAGAAAGGUUAAUCCAGGAGCAUUCAAUUAUGAAGAUUAA